GCCCAGCCGCGCCCGCAGCCCGCGGCCGCCAUGCAGUUUAUGUUGCUUUUUAGUCGUCAGGGAAAGCUUCGACUGCAGAAGUGGUAUGUCCCACUAUCAGACAAAGAGAAGAAAAAGAUUACAAGAGAACUUGUUCAAACCGUUUUAGCACGGAAGCCUAAAAUGUGCAGCUUUCUUGAGUGGCGAGAUCUGAAGAUUGUUUACAAAAGAUACGCUAGUCUGUAUUUUUGCUGUGCUAUCGAGGAUCAGGACAAUGAGCUAAUUACCCUGGAAAUAAUUCAUCGUUAUGUGGAAUUACUUGACAAGUAUUUUGGGAGUGUGUGUGAACUUGAUAUCAUCUUUAAUUUUGAGAAGGCUUAUUUUAUUUUGGAUGAGUUUCUUUUGGGAGGGGAAGUUCAGGAAACAUCCAAGAAAAAUGUCCUUAAAGCAAUUGAGCAGGCUGAUCUACUGCAGGAGGAAGCUGAAACCCCACGUAGUGUCCUUGAAGAAAUUGGACUGACAUAACUCUCCUCCCUUGUUGAUGACUUCUUGUGGCAUUUCACACACUGUAGAUGGUCACUGCCUUCAUGUCCAUGUUAGCUAAUGGUAUAAGAUGACGUCUUGUCAGUAUUACUGUUUUGCUAAGCUGCUUCAUUCAGGCCUACACAAAAUUUUUUUUUAAAGGGAACUUUGGUUAAUCAAAUGAUAAGGGACUUAAAUACGAAUUAGAAUGAUGCAGAAAAAUAAAGGUACCAUUUCUGGAUAUUUUAAAGUUUACAGAUCUGUUUAUCUCAAUCUAAUCAUGUAUCUUAUUAGAAUGACACAAUCAGGCAAUAUACGUUCAUUAAUUACCAUCUUUGGCAAAGGAAACUUAAAUUAAAAUAUGAAACCUGGUUUUAUGAAACCAAAGACUAGUGUGUAGCAUUGCAGCAUAUAUGAGAAUAAAGGGAAUUGAUACAUACCAAAUGAAUUAAAAUUUAACUGUUUAUGUUGACUUAAAAAAAAAUUUAUGCCAUUAUUUAUUCCUUAUUGGAAACUACAUACUUAAAGGGAAUACAUAAAUGAC